AUUGGCUAGCUAGUCCAGUCACAAAAUGAUGUUGGAAAAAAACCUUUGAUUUAGCACUGCCCUCUUCAGGUCAACAUAGUUCUUGAGCCUGAGCUUCAGAGAAAAUGAGUGAAUCACUGGUAGUUUGUGAUGUAGAUGGAGAGUUGGUAAAGAAACUUCGAGAGUUCCGUUUCCGGAAGGAAACCAAUAAUGCUGCAAUAAUCAUGAAAAUUGACAAAGACAAACAGCUUGUAAUCCUGGAUGAAGAACAUGAGGAUAUUUCCCCGGAUGAUCUGAAGGAUGAGCUGCCUGAGAGACAACCUAGAUUUGUGGUGUAUAGCUACAAGUACCAGCAUGACGAUGGUCGUGUAUCUUAUCCUCUCUGCUUCAUCUUCUCCAGUCCAGUGGGAUGCAAACCUGAGCAGCAGAUGAUGUAUGCUGGGAGCAAAAACAAACUGGUCCAAACGGUGGAAUUGACCAAGGUUUUUGAGAUCCGAAACACAGAGGAUCUCACCGAGGAGUGGCUUAGAGAGAAACUUGGGUUCUUUCGCUAAAAGCAUCCGAUUCAAUCUGAGAUGUCAAAAGGAUAAUCAGGACAACCCAGUUGUGUUGUGAGGAAAAAACACUAUAACUCAUUUCCCAUCCUCUUUUUACCUCUCAAAUAAUCUCUCCCAACACGUGCCAGUUCUGUUUGUCUGUUUCUUAGUUACACUCCCACAUAUAACAGGGGAGACAUCAUCUGAAAGGGUGUGUUGACCUCUAGUUAUGUUGAAUUUGGGUGCAAUCAAAUGGCAUUAACAUCGUUUUUAUGGACUUUCUUGCUAUUAUAGUUUACAAAGAGUGAAUAUGGAACUAAAACCACUUUUUGUUAUUAGAAAACUUUUUUUUGUAGCUGAUCAUGAAAGAUAUAAUGGUGGAAAAAAGGUUAUUGCUCAUUCGAUCAACACGUAAUUGUAGUUUUUUUUUUCUUCAUCAAGUCAGAAAGAUAUGACCUGAUAUAGUGUAUGCAUUACUUUGGCACCUAAUUAGAUUAUGUCCUACCUUUCUGGAAAAACAACAUCGGAGGCACACAUGCAUUCUCUUUUUUAAAUUACAUUUUGUUAACUAAAUUCCGUUUCUUUUCACUUCAUUUGUGUGGGUGUGUUUCACUCUAAGCACUCCUAAAAGUAUUCCCCCGUAUCUGCCGUCCUUGUUAGGCUCGAGUGGGAGUUUCAUAUAUCUAGUCAUCACUGUUUUGAGGACAAACUGUGCAAGAAAGAACUGAAGCAUGGUGUGUUAUAUGACAGACCUGUGGGAUAUACAGAGCACAACACUUUCCAAAACAUAUUUUUAACUGAAACAUUCCUGCACCUGAGUAUUUAUGAAAAUGUUUACUUGA